CAUGAACCACACUUCAUCAUCACCACCCUCCAUUUAUAUAUAGUGGUUUUUUCAUUCUUUCUUUUUCUUAAUUCUCUUCUCAACAAAUUUAAUUUAACUCAUCAUGGAUGCUCUGCUUUCUUCCAUCACCACCUCCACCAAAUCCGACCUUUACAUCAACGGUCCCAGAGGAACACGAAUUCCUGCUGGCGCAGCCAUUCUGGCUUCAGCGUCCCCAAUUCUAGAGAACAUGGUAAAAUCCAACAGAAUAAUCGAAAUCCGCGGCGUACCAUACGACGCCGUCACAGCCUUCAUACGUUUCCUCUACACCUCCGGGAGCAUCGAGGAGGAUAUGAAAAAUUACGGAAUACACCUUCUUGCAUUAUCGCACGCGUAUUCAGUUCCAAAGCUGAAGCAGAGUUGCGUUACUAGUUUGUCUAAACUAGCGACUAUAGAGAAUGUGGUGGACGUGUUGCAUCUAGCAAGACUCUGCGAUGCACCGGAUCUUUACCUCAACUGUGCAAUGUUAAUCAGAAAGAAUUUCAGAUCAGUGAAGAAAACAGAGGGAUGGAAAUUCUUGCACACUCAUGAUCCUUGUCUCGAAAAGGACAUUGUCCAAUUCAUCAACGAGGACAAAUCGAAGAAGAAGAGAAUGAUGAAACAUAGGGAGGAACAGGAGGUGAUUAUGCAACUGAGCGAAGCAAUGGAAUGUUUGGAACAUAUAUGUACGGAAGGUUGUACCAGCGUGGCACCGUACGAUGUGGAUGUUAAAGAACAGAGGAAGAGGAUGCCUUGUUCGAAAUUCUCCACGUGUCAAGGUUUGCAGGGGCUGAUUCGACAUUUUGCCACGUGUGAGAAGAGGGUCAAGGGAGGGUGUAUGAGGUGUAAGAGAUUGUGGCAACUUUUUAGGCUUCAUUCAUGUAUUUGCAUUCAUCAAGAUUCAUGCAAGGUCCCUUUAUGCAGGCAAUUUCAAUUGAAAAUGGAGAAAGAGAACAAGGAAGAUGAUGCGAGCUGGAAAUUACUAGUCAGGAAAGUGGGCUCAGCUAAAGCUAUGUCUUCCUUACAGCAGCUACUAAAGAGAUGAGGAAGUUCGAAUUUAGACUAGAGGAAUAUAUAUUGUAAUUAUAUGAAACAAUUAUUUUCUUCUUGGUAUGGUUGAUCAGUGCGUGCCGAUGUAUGUCUAUCGUUUUGGUUACAUAGGAAUAAAACAAUGUAGUGUAGUUAAUGUUUAAUGCACAAGCUGAAAGGUUUUGGUAAUAAUAAGAAAUGAUUUAUAUCUAUAACAAAAA